AUGUCUCCAUCGCCUCAAGACCCAAUUAUUAUCGGUGUCGGAGAAUUCCGCCAAAAGAAUUUCACCAUCGAAAAUACCCUUGAACCAGCAGAGCUUAUCUUAUCAGCAAUCCACGAUGCUGCCAAAGAUACAACAGUCGAUGUUAUCAAAGAUGUAGAUAGUAUUUCUGUUGUUCCCCCGUGGUCCUGGACAUAUGAUGAUCUACCAAAGCAUCUGGCUCAGAAACUGGGCGUUGAGCCUUCACAUCUUGAGCUGUCAAGCCACGGAGGUCAUACGCCUGCGUUGCUGUGCGACGCAGCAGCUGCACGAGUUGCAGCAGGGGAGACUAACUUAGCUAUCGUUACAGGAGGAGAGGCGAUGGCGUCGUUGCUUGCGUGUCAGAAAGCUGGGCGUCUUCCUCCUCCAGGAUGGACUGAGAUGUCUCCCGAUGCAAAGUUAUACGGCCCGAGUGACCCUGCACUCUUGAAAGAUGUCGGUGCCUCGCACUCCAUUGGAAUGCCAAUUCAAGUAUACCCUCUAUAUGAAAACGCAUACAGAAAGCAUAACCAGCAGACAUUCCAUGAGAACCAUCAUGAAUCAGCAGUUCUUUACGCUGAAUUCGACAAGAUCGCCUGUCAUCAUCCGAUCAGUUGGAGAGCAGGCGAAAUACCACGAGACGUUGAUGCUAUUAACACGAUAACCAAGCAGAAUCGCAUGAUCUGCACACCUUAUCCAUUGCUCAUGAACGCCUUCAACGGUGUGAAUCUGGCGGCGGCUUGUAUCAUCACUUCUGCCGAAUAUGCUACCAAACUCGGUGUCCCCCAGGAUAGAUGGGUGUACAUCACUGGCGGGGCUGGCUCAAACGACAGUUCGCAUUUUUGGGAGAGAGCCAACUACUUCUCAAGCCCAGCUAUCGAGUACUCCAUUGACAAGGCUCUCGAAUCCGCUGCGCUGACUAAGAACGAGAUCGACUGCUUCGACUUCUACUCGUGCUUUCCCAUCGUCCCGAAACUUGCUUGUAAGCAUGUCGGUCUCGAGGUUCAGAAGCCAGCCAAACCUAUCACUUUACUUGGAGGCCUUACUUCAUUCGGCGGUGCAGGCAACAAUUAUUCCCUUCACGCAAUCGCCGAGAUGGCAAGAGUCAUUCGAAGCCGAAAGCAUCAAAACGGCCUGGUACUUGCCAACGGAGGCAUUCUAUCGUGGCAAUAUGCUCUUUGUCUAUCAGCCCAGCCACGGCGCAGUGCCUCCAAUUAUGUGAAAAGCGAAGUUCUUGACAAUGGUGAUGUAUCUCAAGGUCCGGCGUUUACCCCAACAGCACAAGGUGAAGCUGUAAUUGAGACUUAUACAGUGGACUAUGAUCGAAGGGCACCCAAGCUCGGUCAUGUAAUUGGAAGGCUGGUUGAGAAUGGGCAUAGAUUCAUUGCAAACCAUGGUGAUGAACAUACGUUGACGACUCUUGCGAAUGCUAAUGGCGAGCCGAUUGGUAUGAAGGGCCAUGUGAUCAGAUCUAAUGACGGCCGAAAUCUCUUCACUUUAUCAGCGAGCGCGAAGCUGUAG